GCUGUGGCUCCGUGUGCACAGUGCUACAACUCCACAGUCUGUUACCAACAGAAAGAGGAGGCCCACUGAUGGAAAAUGUCUCUCCCCAAACACAAGGCAGCUCACUCGAUCCCGCCACCCACUCUGUCCCGGCUGGCACGAGACUGGCUGGCAGAGGACACACCCAACUUUGACCCUGCAGGGGUGUGUGUGGGGUCACAGGAGGUGGAGGCCAGGCUGCUGUGUAAGACACCACACAGCAUCCUGGCAGGGAGUCCCUUCUUCACAGCAGUGUUCACUGAGCUCGGCUGCACUGUGGACUGGAUUUAUCAGGAGGGGGCCGAGAUUGGCCCAGAUGCUGUCACAUUGACUGCUGUGGUUAGAGGGCCGGCAAGGUGCCUCCUUCUUGGUGAAAGGCCAGCUCUGAACUGCCUGGCCCGGGCCUCGGGGAUCGCCACUCGCUGUUCUCUGCUCCAGGCAAUGGCAGCGACAGAAGGGUGGCAUGGAGAGGUGGCUGGCACACGCAAGACCACCCCGGGCUUCCGCCUGGUGGAGAAGUACGCCAUGCUGGUUGGCGGGGUGUCCAUGCACAGACAGGACCUGAGUGGAAUGGUGAUGCUUAAGGACAACCAUGUCUGGGCGUCAGGAAGUAUCACAGAGGCGGUGAGAGCUGCCCGCUCAGUGUGUUGCUUCAGCAGUAAGAUCCAAGUGGAGUGUCGCUCUGCAGGCGAGGGCAGAGAGGCAGCCGCAGCAGGAGCAGACAUUGUUAUGCUGGACAACUUUCAAGCUCAGGGGCUCCAUGUCGCAGCUCGGGCCCUGAAGAUGGAGUUCCCAGCUCUACUGAUAGAAGCCAGUGGAGGAGUUACUCCAGAGAACCUAGCUUUGUAUUUCUCCCCACAUGUGGACAUCAUUUCUCUGGGCUGUAUAACACAGGGCUGUCCUGUUGUGGACUUUUCUCUCAAGGUUCAAAAUCCUGGUGCUCACUCAAGCCACUACAACACAAACAGGACAUUGUGAGAUUUUGUUCUGAUAAAUAAAGAGGAGAAUUUU